AUGUUCGGACGGGUGGAAUACACCCUGAAGGCAGCUCCAGGAACGGGAAUCGUCAGCAGCGCGGUCCUGCAGUCCGAUGAUCUCGACGAACUAGACUGGGAAUGGUUGGGCGGAAGAAGCGAUCAGGCGCAAAGUAACUACUUUGGCAAGGGUGAUACGAGUACCAACAACCGUGGUGCGUUCCACGACAACCCCGGGAGCCAGGAUACCUUCCAAACCUACUCUAUCGAUUGGACGAGUACUCAGAUUGUGUGGGCGAUCAACGGGAAGACAGUCCGUGUGCUCACUCCCCAGUCGGCCAACGAGGGUCAAUACCCACAGACUCCCAUGAUGAUCAAGGUGGGUGUGUGGGCCGGUGGAGACUCAAACAAUCCCCAGGGAACGAUCGACUGGGCCGGCGGCACGACAGAUUAUAGUCAGGGACCGUUCAAGAUGUACUUGAAGUCAUUGACGGUGACCGACUACUCAACUGGAACGGCAUACAAGUACGGCGACACGAGCGGCACCUGGCAAUCGAUUACCGCUGAAGGAGGCCAAGUCAACGGCAACAGCGGGUCUGAACCCACGUCGACCGAAUCUGCCCCCGCAAUCACUUCAACUGCGGAGAAUGCCCCAGUGCCCUGGAGCGGCACACACAAGGAGACCUCAAGCUGGGUCACUCCGAAUGUCUGGCCCUGGGUAGCGUCGGACUCGCCUACGGCUGGGUCCACUGGAUAUCACUACGACUGGGAGUCUAGCUCGGGCCACAAUAAGCCACCGGGUGGAGGUUCAGCGAUUUAUCUUCCGCUUUACAUGAGUGGUUUCGCCUUCCUGUUCGGCUGUCUUUUCCCCCUCUGGCGUUAG